AUGGCUCGCGAAAAGGUUGUCGACUGGACAAGUUUACUCGUCCUCGUCGCUGAAAACCUCCUCACCACGCUUCCUCCUGGCCAUACGCUCCUUCUUCUUCUUACGGGCCUCGGCGCUGGUAAGCUUCUUGGCCUUCUUGGUGCUGACAAUCUUGUUGCCCAUGGCGUCGAACUUCUCCUCCUCCUCGCCCUCGUCGGCCUUGAGGCGGGGACCAGAGCCCUGGCCCUGCACCCAGUUGUGACCGGAAGGCGUCAUCUUGCCGUCAACGACAGCCCAGACUUCCUCAGUCAGGUCCUUGGUGAACUCGGACGAGUGAGUGAUGAUGAUGACACCACCCUCGAACUUCUUGAGCGCCUUGGACAGGGCACCGAGAGAGUCACGGUCCAAGUAGUUGGUAGGCUCGUCCAGGACGAUCAAGUGAGGACGCUGCCACGAGCAGGCGGCAAGGACGACCUUGACACGCUGACCACCAGACAGACCGCGCAUGCGCGAGUGGGAAACCAGCUCAGCGUCCAGACCGAAGUUGGCGCAGUGGCUCUCAAUCUCCUUACGGACCAGAGGACGGAACUGACCAGAGGCAAGAGCCUCCUUCAUGUCGACCUCGGCAACCAUCUUCUGGUGGGAAGCGAGCAGCUCCGAACGAGGGAGCCAGGCGUUGUCGGCCGACAUCAUGGGGACCCAGCGCUCGUUCUUCAUGCCAAUGUUCUCACCCAGAGCGAACGUGCACUCGUACUCGUACGAGUUCUUGAACUUUCUGCGGGCGUUGAUGCCGAUGACGCGGCGUUGGGUACCGUCGACCUUGAAGACCUUGUCCAUGGCCUUCUCGUCCUCCUCGGUGAUGAUCUUGUUGGCACGGUCCAUGGUCUCACGGUCCUCACCAGUCUGGAAACGCCACUGGAUGUACUCGGAAGGAGUCUUGUCCAAGUGGUUAUCGAUGUGGGCGAAAGCGUGCUGCUUGAUGUAGGCGAUACGGAUGUUCUCGUGCUGGUAGAUCUCACCAGCAGUGGGAAUGAGCUCACCAGUCAGGACGUUGAUAAGAGUAGACUUGCCGGCACCGUUGGGACCAAUGACGGCAAUACGGGAGCCCAGAGAGCACUGGAAGGUGAUGUCGCUGAUCUGGGGCUUGGAGGUACCAGGGUACUGGAAGUCCAUCUUGGUGGCACGGAGAAUGGCCUUGGCCUUGGUCUUGACACCCUCGAGGAAACCCGGCUCGGGGAAGGUGAACUCAAUCUCAGAGGCGCCGAGCUCGUAGUUACCACGGUAACGCUUAAGCUUGAAGCGCUCGUAGUGGAUGAUGUGCUGGCAGACAUUGUCGAGGAAGCCGGAGUCGUGCGACACGAUGAUGGAAGUGCAAGGAGAGUUCUGGAGGUACUCCUCGAGCCACUUGACGUUCUUCACAUCCAAGUGGUUGGUGGGCUCAUCGAGCAGCAGGAUAUCGGGGGCCUCGAAGACGGCACGGCACAAAGCCAGCUUCAUCUUCCAACCACCAGACAGAGCAGUGAUCUCACCUUGAACCAUGGCGUCGGUGAAACCGAACUCGUUGAGGCGCUUGAUGACAUCAUCACGGGUAACCGAGACCUUGGCCUCCUCCAACUUCUUCAUGGUCCAGUCAAUGGUGGUCAUCUCAGUGUCAGCAGAGUCCAGGUCGUGCUCGACGAACACGGUCUUGACCUCGUUCUGCUUGGGGAAGCCUUCAACCUGCUCAUUGUUGAUGGCGCGCAUGAGAGUGGACUUUCCGGAACCGUUGGGGCCGCAAAGACCGUAGCGCUGGCCACGCUUGAGACGAAGGUGGGUCUGGUUGAGAAGAAUCUUGGCACCGUAGGCGAGCGAGAAAGUGCAGUUGCACAGGUCCUCUCCCUCCUCGUCGUCAGCCUCCUCCUCCUCGGCAUCGGCAAGACCAGGGGAAGCCUUCUUGCGGAGGGCCUCGACGAUGCCCUCAGCCUUGGCAUCGCCAACGAUGACGCUGACGUAAGGCUUAAGAGCAGUAGUCCAGACAGCGGAAUCGACCUCCUUCUCGUCAACGAGCUGACCAGCAAUGGCGGCAAUGUACUCGAUGACGGGGGCGAACUUCUCAGCCUUGGCAUCCUUCUCGUUGGAAAGAACGUCCCGGACGUGAGCAGCGACGGUAGCGACGUCACCGUCGUUGCGGCGCUCGGGGAUCUUGCCGUUGACGACGUUACCGACACGGGUCAGAGUGUCAAGACCCUGCUUGGUCUUCUCACGAGCCUCGGGGUCGGCCAUGUUCUCGUAGUUCUUCUCCAAGUUGGGCAUGAGCCUGGGAAGGAAGGCAGAGACGAUGUUGGGGUCGUCGACGAGCUUGCACAUGUUGUCGACGAUGACAGCAGCCUUACGCUUGAUGGCAGUGUCACGCUCUUGAAGACCACGCUCCAGGAGAGGAACCAUCAGGGCCAGGGUGGGCUCAGUGACCUCCGUGACGAAAGUGGUGGCACCCAACAGGUGGACGGUCUCAGGGACGUUCUCGGGCUUAGCAAUACACUUGAUGAGCUCGGGAAUGAAGCGCUCGAUAUCCCUGUUGACAAUCAAGCUGCAAAUCUUCUCCAUGAUCUUGUAGGCAUGCUCCUUGACCUCCUUCUUGGUGUCCCACAUGGCAUCACCAACGACGGGGAUGAGGUCGGGAACACGAAGGGCAGUCUGGGCGGGUGCGGUCCUGACGAGGGUCUCGAUGAAGUCGAGAACAGCAAUCUUUUCAGGCCACUUUUGGGCGUUCUGGAGCGACUCGAUCAAGUGAGGAAGGGCGGCCUUGACGGAGUUGGGGUUGAUUGCCUCAGCAAUGGCAGAAGCGGCAGCAAGUGCUGCGUUCUUGACAGAUGUGAUCUUGUCGCCGGCAGCAGCGAACACGCUCGGCAGAAGGACAACCAGGAAAGGCUCGACGUGAGCCGAGACCUCUGA